UGAGAGAAGGCUACUGUCCAAUUUCCUAUAUGGGAAAUUGAGAGAUACAAGCUCGUGCUGGUUCAAUGGCGAUGCAGGUGCCAAUCUUCAGGGCUGCGAGUACUGCCUUCUCUUUCAGCAUUGACAAAAAUCUGGGGUCAGUAGAGCAUCCUUCUUUUUGAAGAAGCAGUUCAAGCCGGCAAGAUGUCGUGGCUGGACCGCAUGCAGAUGAGGUUCGAGGAGACGGGGCGGGACACUUCCCUGUUGCUUCAGGAGACCUCUUGGUUUAUGGAAAACCAAGUCAAUGCAGUGGGAAAUAAUGUGCGCAAGCUCUGCAGUGAGUCGUCAUGGUUCGUGGAGAACCAGGUGAAUACAGUGAGCAACAGCGUCCGAAAGCUGUGCUCCGAAUUUGUGCGAGAACUGUUGGUACCCACUGGAGCGUCUCCAAGUCCCUGCGCGGCCCCGCAUGACGAGUCUCCCGUCAAGAUAUCCCCCCCUGCGUCCACUGGUCAAGUGGUGUGGCAUCCUGCGAGCAACAUUGAUAAGCUUACGACAGAGAAGAAGGUUUGCGCAUCCCAGACAGCAUUGUCUUCUGCUGCUCUUCAGAGCAACCAGGCUGCAGAAACACCAGCAGCAGCGCCAAGCCAAGGACAAGCUUUCAAGGAACGGGACGAAAGGGCUCAGCAAACGGCGAAGAACCUGCGCCGUAGGCACUCCAAGGGCGUAGCAGACAAGAAGAAAGAGAACAGUCAAGGUGAGGAUGUGGUCCUUGGAAGGCCUGUUGACUGCCUUCCUCUGAGGAUGAGCAGCUGUGAGAAAAAAGUGGAGUUGUCAGCAGGGAGGGAAGAAAUAAAGAAGGAAGCUGUGCGGGGACUCAGUGAGCAGCAAAUUGUAAAGCGGGUGGAGGAGGAGAGUAUGAUGGAAGUGAUCGCUUUGCCACAGACCAUGGACAGCAACGACCGUGUGGUGGAGCUGGAAGGACCGGUGGUAAAACUGUCGGCGGAGAUGUCCAAGGGUGCUGCUGGGUUGAUGGCUGUCGAGGAGUCUAAUCCUGGGUUCAGUGAUGCUGUGGAAGAAUUGCUAGAUGAUACCAGCGCCGCAGGGCUGACAGGCCAGAGUAGUCCAGAAUCGUUGUCGCUGCCUGGAAGCACAGAUGCCCCUGUUGUCGUCGGGAACCCUGACACGUGCCGCCAAGGAGGGAUUACGAAGACUACGAGAUCAGAAAGCGAGAUUGAUUUGGAGCUCCUCUCCGAGAGCGAGUUUGAGAUUGCGCAAGGACAAUGGUAUGCGGAGUCCGAUACAGAGUCUGUGGAUCGGAAAAGAUUGGGAAUGGGCCGCUCUGCAAGUGCCAUCUCUCUGGAGAGCCGAAGAAGUGAAACGGGCAACGACUUCACAGACUGGGAGCUUGUUUGAGCUUGAGCUUGGCCGGCCGCCGUUAGGUAUUUCAGCUAUACUAUACUUCAUAUGGCCACUGUUUGUUUGGGCCAGUUGCUGACUUGCCGACCUUUGUUUGGGGUACAGCUUGAGGCUUUAUUUGUGAUACGUACGGCUUGCCGUCUUCCUGCUGCAGUAUUUCAGACUCGCACGGACAUAUCGUCUCUCACCGAGGCUUUCCCCUCCGCCCUCGUAGCUGUCAGCCAGAAGGAUUGUCAGGGAUACGUGUCAGAGGUCAACCAUUCUCUUCCAACCACACUUCUUUCCCUUAUAGGUUGAUGGUAUAGAACAUUGUUUUCCUUUGUGCCGGGCCUUGGGAGGCGAGCAGGACCAUCAUCACCUAGUAGCCUAUCUUGCAGCUGUUAAAUUCCAUGUCCCGUCCACGCUUGUCCCGUCCACGCUUCGAAUCAGGAGUGCAUGUGUCAUCAGCCAAGGAUUGCAGUCAAAGGCUUACACCACAGCAGGAGUGCAUGGGUGUGGAGAUGGAAAAUGGUAUCUCAAGCCAUGCAGGGUCCUCUCACUAAAUGCGUCAUGAAGGUGGUGCGAUACCUUCUUCAUGUUGACGCUUGAGAGCACACACGCUGUGCACUGCAGAGAUGCACGCGCGUUGACGACACACACGCUGUGCCGUGCAGAGAUAGAUGCAUGCGAGCGAUGUGGGGAUCUCGUAUAGAUUCCAGAAUUGAGCAAAGGCGAUAAUGAAUUGCUUAAAAAAGA